AUGCAAAUGAAACUUAAGGCUCAUUUGUAUGCUCUAUAUAUAUCCUCCAGCAUGCAAUGUUUCAGAUAUUCAUUUUGCAAUAAAAACAAUACCAGGUGCCUCUCAAAUUCUUGUCAAAACAAUUCUGUGUGCAAGGGUUUCCCACAAGACAAUUGUUGUUCAAACACAAGCAAAAAUUUGGACAAAGACUGUGAAGAUGUGAAAGACCCUUGCUUGUCCAGUCCCUGCCAAGGAAAUGGCACUUGUGUGCCUACUCCAGGAGAAAGGAGCUUCUUGUGCCAAUGUCCUCUGGGGUACAGUGGGCUAACCUGUGAAACUGCCAUCCAUUCCUGUGGAGGGAACUCCUGUCAACAUGGAGGCACUUGCCAUAAAGACCCAGAGCACCCUGUCUGUAUCUGCCCUGCUGGAUAUGCUGGAAGGUUCUGUGAGACAGAUCACAAUGAAUGUGCGUCCAGCCCUUGCCACAAUGGGGCUGUGUGCCAGGAUGGAAUCAAUGGCUACUCCUGCUUCUGUGUGCCUGGAUACCAAGGCAGGCAUUGUGACUUGGAAGUGGAUGAAUGUGUUUCUGAUCCCUGCAUGAAUGAGGCUGUGUGCCUCAAUGAGAUAGGCAGAUACACUUGUGUCUGCCCUCAAGAGUAUUCUGGUGUGAACUGUGAGUUGGAAAUUGAUGAAUGUGAAUCCCAGCCCUGUCUACAUGGUGCUACGUGUCAGGAUGCUCUUGGGGCUUACUUCUGUGACUGUGCACCUGGAUUCCUUGGAGAUCACUGUGAAUUCGACUUUGAUGAAUGUGCCAGUCACCCAUGUCUCCAUGGAGGUCUGUGCAUGGAUGGAGGAAACAGCUACCACUGUGACUGCACAAGGAGUGGAUUCACAGGGACACACUGUGAGACCUUGAUGCCUCUUUGUUGGUCAAAGCCCUGUCACAAUAAUGCUACCUGUGAAGACACUGUUAGCAGCUACAUUUGUCACUGCUGGCCUGGAUACACAGGUGCCCUGUGUGAGACAGACAUAAAUGAAUGCAGUAGCAACCCCUGCCAAUUUGAGGGUGAGUGUGUGGAACUGUCCUCAGAGGAUCUGUAUGGACACAUUGCUGGCCUGCCUUCCUCCUUCAGCUACGUUGGAGCCUCAGGCUACGUUUGUAUUUGUCAGCCUGGAUUCACAGGAAUCCACUGUGAAGAAGACAUUGAUGAAUGUCUACAAAACCCUUGCCAAAAUGGUGGUACUUGUGAGAACCUGCCUGGGAAUUAUACCUGCCAUUGCCCCUUUGAUGACAUUUCUAGUACAUUUUAUGGAGGAGAAGACUGCUCUGAAGUUCUUCUGGGCUGCACUCAUCACCAGUGUCUCAAUAAUGGAAAAUGCAUCCCUCACUUUGAGAAUGGCCAGCAUGGAUUCACCUGCCAAUGUCCUUCUGGCUAUGCUGGGUCACUGUGUGAAACUGACACCACACUUUCUUUUGAGAGCAAUGGCUUCCUAUGGGUCACAAGUGGCUCACAUACAACCCUACAGUCAGAAUGUAACGUGUCUUUGAGGUUUCAGACUGUUCAACCAAACACACUUCUCCUUUUCCGAGGCAACAGGGAUAUGUCUAUGAAGCUGGAGUUGCUAAAUGGCUGUGUUCACUUAUCCAUCCAAGUCCAGAACCAAUCAAAUGUGCUUUUAUAUAUUUCCCACAACACUAGUGAUGGAGAAUGGCAUUUGGUGGAGGUAACAUUUGCAGAAACUAUAACGCUCACCCUAAUUGGCAGCUCCUGCAAGGGGACGUGCACCACUAAGACUUCUUUUCCAAGUGAGAAUCAGCAGUCACUAUGUGCUUUUCAGAACUCAUUUUUGGGUGGCUUACCAGUGGGAACAACCAGCAACGGAGUGUCUCUCCUUAAUGUCUAUAAUGUGCCGUCCACACCUUCCUUCAUAGGCUGUCUCCAAGAUAUUCAAUUUGAUUUGAAUCACAUUACUCUGGAGAACAUUUCACCUACCUUGUCACUAAACGUCAAAGCAGGCUGCAUGAGAGAGGACUGGUGUGAAAGUCAACCUUGUCAAAACAGAGGCCGCUGCAUCAACUUGUGGCAGGGAUACCAGUGUGAAUGUGACAGGCCCUAUACAGGCUCCAACUGCCUGGAAGAGUAUGUAGCCGGGAGAUUUGGCCAGGAUGACUCCCCUGGAUAUGCCAUCUUUCAUAUUGAUGAUGAUUAUGGACAGAACAUCAGUCUCUCCAUGUUCGUCAGAACACGUCGACAAUCAGGCUUACUUCUGACUUUGGAAAACAGUACUUACCAGUACGUGAGUGUCUGGCUAGAGCAUGGCAGCCUAGCACUACAGACUCCAGGCCCUCCCAAGUUAGUAUUAGAUUUUUUUCUUAGUGAUGGAAAUUCCCACUUAAUAUCUUUGAAAAUCAAACCAAAUGAAAUUGAACUGUAUCAGUUUUCACAAAACCUAGGAUUCAUUUCUGUUCCUGACUGGACAAUUCAAAGAGGAGAUGUCAUCUUCAUUGGUGGCCUACCUGACAGACAAAAGACUAAAAUGUACGGUGGCUUCUUCAAAGGCUGUAUUCAAGACAUAAGAUUAAACAACCAAAAUCUGGACUUCUUCCCCAAUUCAACAAACAAUGGAUAUGAUGAUCCAGUUCUUGUCAAUGUGACUCAAGGCUGUCCUGGAGACAACUUCUGUAAGUCCAACCCCUGUCAUAAUGGAGGUGUCUGCUAUUCCCUGUGGGAUGACUUCUCCUGUUCCUGUCCUACAAACACGGCGGGGAAAGCCUGUGAGGAAGUUCAGUGGUGUCAUCUCAGCCCAUGUCAUCCUAGUGCACAGUGCCAGCUGGUCCCUCAAGGGUUUGAAUGUAUUGCGAAUGCUGUUUUCAGUGGAUUAAGAAGAGAAAUAUUGUUCAGAAGCAAUGGGAAUAUUGCCAGAGAGCUCACCAAUAUCACAUUUGGUUUCAGAACACGUGAUACAAAUGUAAUGAUACUGCACGCAGAAAAAGAGCCAGAGUUUCUUAAUAUUAGCAUUCAAGACUCCAGAUUAUUAUUUCAAUUGCAAAGUGGCAACAGCUUCUACAUGCUGCAUCUGAUGAGUGUGCAGUUGGUAAAUGACGGCACAUGGCACCAAGUGACGUUUUCCAUGAUAGACCCACUGGCCCAGACCUCCAGGUGGCAAAUGGAGGUGGACAACCAAACACCUCUUGUGACCAGCACAAUUGCUACUGGCAGCCUGAACUUUCUGAAGGAUAAUACAGACAUCUAUGUAGGUGACCAAGCUAUUGACAAUGCAAAAGGCAUACAGGGCUGUCUGAGCACAAUAGAAAUUGGAGGCAUAUACCUCUCUUACUUUGAAAAUCUUCAUAGUUCCAUUAAUAAGCCUCAGCAAGAGCAGUUUUUCAAAGUCUCUACAGAUGUGGUCUUUACUGGCUGCUUGCCACUAAAUGCCUGCCACUCCAGCCAGUGUUUGCAUGGAGGAAACUGUGAAGACAGCUACAGCUCUUAUCAGUGUUCCUGUCUCUUGGGAUGGUCGGGGACACACUGUGAAAUCAACAUUGAUGAAUGCGGUUCUAACCCCUGUAUCCAUGGCAACUGCUCUGAUGGAGUUGCAGCCUACCACUGCAGGUGUGAGCCCGGAUACACUGGUGUGAACUGUGAAAUGGAUAUGGACAAUUGCGAGAAUCAUCGAUGUGCAAAUGGGGCCACUUGCGUCACUGGAAGUCAUGGCUAUUCUUGUCUGUGUUUUGGAAAUUUUACAGGGAGAUUUUGCAGACACAGCCGAUUACCCUCAACAGCCUGUGGGAACGAGGAGACAAAUCUCACUUGCUACAAUGGAGGCAACUGCACCAAGGUCCAGGAGGACUGGAAAUGUAUGUGCCGGCCAGGUUUCACUGGAGAGUGGUGUGAAGAGGACAUCGAUGAGUGUGCUUCCUAUCCCUGCCUCCAUGGAGGCCUGUGCAGGGACUUGGUCAACAGGUUCCAGUGCAUCUGCGAUGUGGCCUUCGCGGGGGAUCGCUGUGAGCUGGACCUGGCUGGCGACGGGCUCGUGGGCGUUUUCACGGCCGUUGGCUCAGGGACCUUGGCCCUGUUAUUCAUCCUCCUGCUUGCAGCUGUUGCUUCUCUUGUCGCCUCCAACCAAAGGGCGAGUCAAGGAACCUACAGCCCUAGCGGGCAGGAGAAGGCUGGUCCUCGAGUGGAAAUGUGGAGCAGGAUGCCGCCCCCCGCCCUGGAAAGACUCAUCUAAGAGCCUGCUGCUCCUCUGAGAAAGAAGCAGAUACGAUGAGCGAGCACCUGGUCCUGCUGGAGUGACAGUUUUACACCACUAGAGUUACCAGCUCCCAGCGGGGAUCCCACUGGGACUGUGGGAAGGAUUUCCCUCCUUGCCUUAUAGACCUUCAAGGGGAUUUGCCCUGCAUCACUGUUUGCUUAUGUAAACCAUUGGCAGAAAUCUGUCUCUGUGUCACUGACGACAGUCUGAGAAUUAGCAAAACACCCUCCAGACAGAGAACACUAUAUUUUAGAAAAACUGCAGAAGUUGAGCUCUUUACUGGGCAAUCCAGAGAAAAUGCUUAGUGGCCAAGUGUUGCUUAUUGUAUAGAACCAGGAAGAAAAAUUAGAGUACAAUUGUCACUUCCUUCUCUUUAUUUUGUUGGAAAGGUUUUUUGUUUCGUUUUCUUAGACAGUGUCUCACUAUAUACACCAAGAUGGCCUCAAAAUCCCAUGGACCCUCCCCUUCAGCCUCCUGAACUCUGGAAUUACAUGUGUCUGAACAGAUUACAUGUGUACCAUUAUACUCAGUUUAGUUGUGAAUCUUGUCAUACGGUAAAAGAUUCUAAUGGAGCCUGGAGCGAUGGCUCACUAGAUAAGUACUUGAUGAAUGAGUGUGAGAACUGGAGUUUGGGCCCCCAUUACCCACAUAAGUACCAGGUAAGUGUGGCCCCUGCCUGCAAUCCUAGGCCUCAGGAGGCAGAGACAGCAGGGACCACUGGAGCAAAGCUAGCUAAACUAUUAGGGUGGGUGAGUUCUGGAUUUAAGUGAAAGACCUUAACUCAGUAUAAAAGAUAAAUAGUGAAGAAGACACCAUAUGUCAACCUUUUGUCUAGACAUGUAUGGGUGCACUUUUAUAUGUGUGCCCAAACAUGGGACCAUACAUACAUACAACACACACACACACACACACACACACACACACACACACACGGGUCUAAAUGUGUGUGGUGGGAAUACACUUUGGUCCUUCAAGCAUGGAUUUAGAGGAAUCCAUGAAAAGAAUGCAUGUUUUAAAACAUGACCCAAACAUAACAAAUAAAAUGGCUAUUCUCCUAUCUGAGAUUAGCUUUGUUGUUGUUUGAUUGCUUAGCUGGUUGGUGAUUUUUGUUAGUUUGUUUUGUUUGCCUGUGAUAUCACAUGUAACAAGAGUAACUAGUAAGAACAAUUGAACAACUUUGUGACAUCUUUUGCCUAAAUCAUUUAGAGUCAUUAUUCUUUACAAAGCUGUGCUUCCAGUCAAGAUGGUACCUAGACAGAAGUUAAGACAGUAAGAAAAUUAUUCAUCAAGACUGAAAGCAGAGGCUCUUUCCUUCCAGGGUCUUUGGGUAGAUGCCCAACAGUGAUGACACCUAAAUGUAAGGACCACACAAUGAGAUGAACAUGUGUGCAAAAGCAUCUACAAGGAGAAAAUAUUGUGUCUUCCAUUUGUUAAAUGUCUCCACUGUGAUGGCUGUAUCUUGUGUAUGUCUUAAA